AAUAAUUUCGCUGGGCAGUUUGGAGCUCAUUUUUUGUGUGUUGUACUCCAUAUUAAGCUAUCAAAUUGUGUUUAUUGUGUUGUAUAGGCUCUAGAGAGCAAGUAAAUCUAGAUAUAAGGGUAAAUGUUCUCAAGGGCUUUCUCACGGGUGUGUUGUAUAGGAUCUAGUCUAGUGAGAGUCAGUUGUAAAGUGUCUGAAGGUGAGGGAGGACGUGUUGCUGCCUCUCCGUCUUGUCAAUUCACUCGUACAUCUCUAUCUGUUUCCAGUAUGAGUACCCCGAAGAAAAUAUGUAUCAUUGGUUCGGGAAAUUGGGGGUCAGCCAUCGCCAAGAUCGUAGGCACCAACGUGACCAAGUUCGAGCAGUUCGAUGAUGAGGUGCGGAUGUAUGUGUACGAGGAGAUGGUGGACGGCAGGAAGCUGACAGAGAUCAUCAACACCACCCAUGAAAACGUCAAGUAUCUCCCGGGCAAGAAGCUCCCGGAGAAUGUGGAUGCCGUGAUAUUGAAGCAGGACGGAUGUACAGAGAUCUUAUUCAGACUGACUACUUCAGAGUAGUUGUUGUUGAUGAUGUAGAGGCAGUUGAAGUGUGCGGAGCUCUUAAGAAUAUUGUAGCAACAGGUGCUGGGUUUGUGGAUGGCCUUGGGUAUGGUGACAAUACAAAGGCUGCAAUUAUAAGACUAGGACUCAUGGAAAUGAUUAAAUUCUGUGAGGUCUUCUAUCCAGGUUCAAAAUUAGGUACGUUUUUUGAGAGCUGUGGUGUUGCUGACCUCAUCACUACUUGCUAUGGUGGCAGAAACAGAAGAGUUGCAGAAGCAUUUGUGAAAACAGGCAAGUCAAUUUUGGAACUUGAAAAGGAAAUGCUGAAUGGUCAAAAGCUACAAGGACCUUACACUGCAAUAGAAGUUAAUUUUAUGCUCAAGGACAAAAAAAUGGAAAAUAGAUUUCCUCUUUUCACGGCUAUUCACCAGAUUUGUUCGGGUGAUCUUCCUCCUUCAGGAAUGAUUGACUGUAUUCGAAACCAUCCUGAGCACAUGUCAUUUAAAUCAAAACUCUAGUCAUCUAUCAUCUAUUGGUGUGGGUUUGAUGAGCAUCACACAUCACUCCUAGAAUGCCAGGAUUAAAGCUUCAAAGUGAGACUGAGGACAUUCUUGAAGGUGUGCUGUUAUUUGUUUUUGAGUGCAUUAUAUACUGUAUAACAUGUACAGUAUCUUGUCAUUGAAAUCCUGUGGGCAUUUUAUGGUGUUAAAUUGCUGUUUUGAAAAGAAUAACUUUGGACGAUUUAGCGGUUUUAUCACAGAAAGCUUAUCGUUAUAUAGUAUGUACUGUAGAUUGCUUCACAAAUUGGCUGUUUUUUUUGAUAAAAAUCUGAAGUUGAUUUUAAUGUACCACUUUUAAUUUUUUAUUGUUGAACACUCCAGCUAUCAUUUGUGCUUAUUUCUGAAAAUAACUAAUAAUUUUACCCUAAAAGUUUGUUUAUAUUAUCAGUACAAUAUUUGUACUGUAUAUAUACAGUAUUAAGUUAUUGUGUAAUUAAUUUAGAAUCCUUAGUACUGUACUGUAGAAUUUAAAUAAUAAACUUGUAAAAAACAUAUUAAUGGAAAUUUGCACCCCAUUAUUUCUCAUUUGUAGUUGUAACUUUGUUGCUACACAGAUUUUAAGAUAAAUAAGUAUGUUUUUACUUUUUAUGAGUGUAUUGUAUUACAGUAUGCUUAUUUAUAAAAAACUAAAGGGAAGAGCAAUAGCCAUUGCAAUGCUAGUUUCAUGUGUACAGGAGGCAGGGCUGAUGCCUAACACUACCACACGUUUUAUCAAUACUGUAGUAAUGAGCCCUUAAUAAAAUUCACAAUACCAUGGCUGGAAUAGUUCACUGACAGUUUUUUUUUUUUAACAUACUGACCAUCUCCAACCAAGGUAGGGUGAUCCAAAAAAGAAGAAACACUUUCACCGUCACUUGUUCAAUCCCCAUCCCUCCUUCAGAGUUCAGGCAAUGUACUUCCCACCUUCAGGACCCAAGUCUAGCUAAUCGGUUUCCCUGAAUCCCUUCAUAAAUGUUACCUUGCUUACACAACAUCAGUACAUCAAGUAUUAAAAACCACUUAUGUCCACCCACUCCUAUAUAAUGUACUCACACAAGCUUGUUGGGUCCAAGCUCCUAGUGCUUUAAACCACCUUUAAUACCCCCCUUCCUCAUCAGUCCUAGGAUGACCCCCUACCCCUCCAUCCCAGCAGAUUUAUACACCCUCCUAGUCAACUUAUUGCUCCAUCCCUUAUAAAUGUCAAAGCCACCUCAAUUCCUUCUCAGCCUUUAUAUAUUUUCAGGAACCCCCAAACAUCCAAAUCUCCAUGCAUAACAUAUUCACACCACACAUUGCCUUCAAAUAUGACAUCUUCAUUACCUCCACUGGCAAUAUAGGGAGGAAUUUUGGCACUGCUUUAGUUCAUCUUUGACUAGUAUCAGGUUAUGACAGAUACUGCCUUGAUAAUGGUCCAGGAUGGACCAAAACAUCAUCUAAAGUUUUCUCUCCAAAUUGUGGGACAAUAUGGAAUGAGUCCUUAAGUUAUUAAUAUAAAAAGUUUGUGCAUAUUCUUAUUUUAACAACUUGCAGCUUAAAUAAUGUGUAAGUGUAAAAAUUUAAAUUUUAGUCUUCUUAUCACUCAUAACUUUAAUAUAACAUCCUAUAUUAUAUUAAUUUGCUCCAUUCACAAAGAUAGUUUCUCUAUUGACCUGCCUCUUAUCAAUCCCUGUGCUGAAAUAUGUUUUGGACUUCUUCCACGAGAACUCCUCUCACUCUUGUGAGGAAACUAUAGACAAUGUUUCAGUCCAUCCCGGACUGUUAUCAAGUCACAAAAGAACAAGAAGUUUUGAAGAUCACAAGACAGGUCAGAAAGAGGGAAUGGGAAGAAAAAACAUGUCAGAUAACAUUUUGGGUGUUCUUUUUAUGUUCAUUAUUUGUAAAUCUUUACCAUUUUUUUUCAUACCCAUCCCAAAUAUCUUUCAGCUGUUUGUUAGUCAACAUUGAUGAGUAUAAAAAUUUUGUAGUCUAGCAUUCUCUUGCCUUUAUUGCAUGUACUUUUUUUUUUUUUUUUUUUUUUUUCAAAAAAUGUAACUUUUUAUUAAAGCAUAAUACAUUAAAUAGGCAUGCUCUCCAGACUUUUUAAUUAAAGCAUAAUAUAGUAAUGGGCAUGUUCUUCAAACUUUUUUAUUAAAGCAUAAUACAGUAAAUUUGCAUGUACUCUGACCAUUAUGGGACCUGGAGUAGAUUGGAUAAUAGAAAAAAGUUAGUGCACUCGAAUGAAGCAGUAUUUACAUACAAGUUCUCUCCAUUUAGCCCUUAAACGGUCCAAACAGAUAGACGUUCAAAUCCGUAGUGCUCCAAAAGUAGAUCUGUUUUUAUACAUAUUUUCAAAUAUAACAAAAAAAAAAAUGUAGAUAAAAGUUUUUUUUACACAUUUUCAAAUGUAAAAGAAGAAAGAAGAUCUACAUUUUUUUUACAUACUUUCAAAUGUUGAAAAAACAUAUAUAUAUACGUUUGGACCAUUUAAGGGUUAUUAAUAACAAUAUAUUUCAUUUUCAUGUAAUUUUGUCAGACGAGUUCCAUUUUCCUCCGAUUUCAUGAUUGUUAUUAUCAACAAUUUGUGCAUAGAAUUUUUUAUACUUUUCCUCUUCAAGCAUUACAUGCAUGCACCAAUAACAUGUACGAAAGCUAAACCUUAACUUCAAAUCCCUGCUAAUAAAAAUAAUCUAGAAACAUUUACCAACUUGGGCCAGUCAGCUCAUUGGCACAAUUACUAUAAUCCAUAUCACUUUUUGGCAAGACCACUACAAUACUUUUAACUACUUGAUGAAGAGUUUUUAUAGAAUCUCAGUAUUAUUGCCAGUAGAAUACAGGAAAUACAGUAUGGCUGUAUGAAUUUUUAGCCCAAUGUUCAUAGUGCCAUCAGAGCUAGUCACAGAAUAAAUUAUUUAUUUCUGAACAAUACAUUAUAACAUCUACUUGUUUUGAAAAAUUACUGUUGGUCAUGAUAUUGUGUCCAUAAAAUGUACAACAUUUCUUGCAGAACUAAAGCUAAAACAGUUUAUAAUAGCCCUUGAGGGAGGUCAGAAAGAGGUUGGUUUUAUCCUCCCCUUCCUUUGAUUGAACCUAAAUGCCUCUCAUUCCUCAGGUGUUAUGUGACCCCUACAAGUUUAGAGCUUACCUAUGAUUAAAAUAAAAUAAUAAAUUUAGAAUAAAAUGAAAAUUAUUGAAUACUGAGAAGGAAUGGGACUUAUAGUAUAACACAUUUUUAAAGACUAUUUCUUUGAUUUUUUCAGCAUCUUAUAACUUUCAAGUCCCUAUCACAUUGAAACCCUGGUUGUGCUACUACUAGGUAAGACAUACUAAUUACACGUAUAUACAUUUGUGGGGGAAAGCACUAACCCUGUAGCGGUCAAAAAGCUCCUGGGGAAUGGAAGGCAAUCAGGUUUAUCUAAAUAAGGAAAGGUCUGGUCCAAUCUGUAAGACUGGGAACCUCACACUGGCAUCAAGGAACUUUCCUUGAGGGGCAAGACAUGCUAAAAAAAAAAAACUCUGCCAUCCAGGAGAUGGCCACCUAAAGGUAACUGUUGACCCUCUACAACCAAGGGACCCCUCAAGAAAGGUUCCUUACUACUGGUGUGGGGUUCUUCAUCCAAGGAAGUGGAUCUAUCCUUCCCAUGGAUCAAGACUGAUUGCCUCCUACUUCCCCAGGCACUGCAUGACCGAGUUUAGCACUCCCCACUAAAUGAUAAUUAACACUAAGGGAUAAAAUGCUUCCCAUAGCCUCUUAAACAGAAAAAAAAAAUUGCACAAAGGUGGGCUGGGGUAUAGUCACAUGCAAAGAAAAUCCAAACAACACAGACAUAAAGUGUGUUCUACACUGAAAUGCUGUACAGUACUGUACCUUUAAAAUAUAUAAAAUAAUCGUGUGCAUGUUAUAAAUAGUAUUAGUAACGUUGAAAAAAAUCAGUGCAUGUAUAGAAACAUUACAGGAACAUAAAGAUAUUUUGAUCAAGUGGAUAUGACCAGGAAACGAGACAGUUAAAAUUUCUCUAAUUUUAUUUCCCUGUACUACCAUGCUGUGAAAACAUGCUAUGGUGCAAAAAAUUAUGGGUUAUCAAAGUAUAGCCCAUUUUAUCAUAAAACUAUAUACAAGUGACAUUAUACAGUAUACAAAUUUACUGUACUGUAUAAACAAUGGAUAUUAAGUGAGAUGCCAAUUACACAGCAUCACUAACCAGUUUGCUUGCAUGAGCCUGACUGUUUGUUCACCCACACAGCAGGUGAGGUUACUAACUUCCAUUGCAACCUAGAUCUAGUUGUACAGUAUUUCUAUUUUUAGUUCAUUAAAUGGUGUUAGAUUGCUUGCUUACAAUUUAAUGAUUAAUUUUAAAAUAAAAUAAAGGUAAGAGGGAGUGUGUGUGGGAAUAGGCAGGCUCUGCUUAAAGAUUUUCACAUUUUCUAAUUCGCGAGUUUUUAAAAUUUUAUUAAAGUGCACAAGAUUAUUAUGUCGGCCGCCUCGGUGGAAGGCGGCUGACUUAUUGUUGUUGAAAAAAAUUUAAAGGUCUCAUAAAUGAAGGGGAGGGAGAGGAACAGAUGGACUAAUUUGGCACAAUAUUUUGUGUGUAAGCAUGUGUAAUGCUUGCUUCUUCUUUGAUGAAAUUACUCAUCAAUUGCCAUCACAACCAUCAGGUUCCAAAAUGAAUAAUGCAAUAAAUACACUACAGUACUGUACUCACCAAUACAGGAUGACAUGAAAGAAUGAGAGGAAGGUUAUCAAUUACUUUUCUCCUUCAAAGUAUGUUUAGAAUUACUACUGCAUUGUUCUGGGAAUUACUAAUAUACAGUAUUGUGUAUUUUAAAAUAUGGUACUAUAAAUGAGUUAUAAUAUCUUAAAAUUAUUGAGCUUGGUUCUUGCAAAUCCCUGUAUAAUACAUUUUGUAGAUUUUAGUGACUACAAUAUAAACUAAUACAGUGGACCCCCGCUUAACGAUCACCUCCCAAUGCGAACCAAUUAUGUAAGUGUAUUUAUGUAAGUGCGUUUGUACGUGUAUGUUUGGGGGUCUGAAAUGGACUAACCUACUUCACAAUAUUCCUUAUGGGAACAAAUUCGGUCAGUACUGGCACCUGAACAUACUUCUGGAAUGAAAAAAUAUCGUUAACCGGGGGUCCACUGUACUAGAAUCCAUUGUAGAUGUAUAACUAUUUUUUUUUAACAAGUUGGCCAUCUCCCACUGAGGCAGGGUGGCCCAAAAAGAAAGAAAACACUCAAAAAGAAAAUACUUUCAUCAUCAUUCAACACUUUCACCUCACUCACACAUAAUCACUGUUUUAGCAGAGGUGCUCAGAAUACAAAAACAGUGAUUAUGUGUGAGUGAGGUGAAAUUGUUGAAUGAUGAUGAAAAUAUUUUCUUUUUGGGGAUUUUCUUUCUUUUUGGGUCACCCUGCCUCGGUGGGAGACAGCCGACUUGUUAAAAAAAAAAAAAUAGUUAUACACAUCUACAAUGCAUUCUAGUAUUAGUUUAUAUUGUAGUCAGUAAAGUCUACAAAAUGCAUUUAAAAGUCUAUCAGUCGUAUACAGCAUUCCACAAUGCAUAUAUUUAUCACCAUCAUAGAGCUUUGCUGAGUCAUAACACACAAUGUUAGCAUCCAUUUUUUUUUUUUUUGGGUUAUGUACAAAGAUUUAUUAAAAAGGUUCUUUAUUUUUCUAGAUACAGUGAGGAUAACACUCUGAUUAAUGGAUUAAUAGGAAGGGAUGGGGGGUGCAUGUUAUUGCCAAAUGUCCGUAAUUCUAAAUUACGUAAUUUAUUUUUCAUGAUCGUAACGUGAGCAAAGUUGAGAAUUAGCGGACUUGGUCCAUUAGACACCAAGAAUAUUUUAACUUGUAAAACAGCAUAGUAAUAGUGUAUAAUGUCAGAAAAAAAAAAGCUGAAACACACAUGUACAGUACAGGACAAUAUAAUUUAUUUUACUUAACUUUUGUGGUGGAGAUGAGGUGUAAACUACCAUGAUCAAUAGUGGUGACUUAGAAUAAUUUCUGUUGUAAGUGAGAGGAGCUAUAAAGCUCCACUAGCAUUUACACUAAACUCAAGAGUAAAGCUUGUAAGUUCGUCCUUGCCUCUAUGGAUACUGACUGUUUCUUAACACCCUAUUCUUCACAUACUUUGUCACUGAGACAUCAGGCUCAACUUUCCUUAGUCAAGUUUCUGCUUAACAUUGUGAUUCACAUGUUUCCUCUUGCCACCACCACUUACUUUGGAAGCCAUUGUUAAUUUUCACUUUACCUGACAUGUUAAUAAAAUCACACAAAAUCCAGGGAAAAUUUGAGACUGAAUGAUGAAUGUUUGUGUGAGCAAGCACAGACAAUAAUGUGGAAAUAAUGAAAGCAGACAGAGGGGAAGAGUGGUCUGUACUGGAGUUUCUGAAAUGUCAAAUGGGCAUCCGUUAAUCUGAGGUAUUACUGUGAUUUUAUAAAAUAUAUAUAUGCUAUACUGUAAUGUAGGUAGUAAAUUGUACACAAAAGAAAACAGUUAUUUUUAAACACUGCCACUACUGUAGGAGAGAGAGGGGAAGAAAACUAGCAGUGAAGCAGUAUGCAGUAUAAAUAAAAUGACACAUUCUGAUAAGGGGAUAUCUUCAAUUAGCUUUUUUAUGAUUUUGCAUUAAAACUUGUGAAAUGGAUUUUACACUAUCACUAACAUAAAUUAUAUAAACAAGGAGGUAUCAGGGUGCAAAUACACUUGCAUAAUUGCAGAAAGUACAGUACCUUACAACUAUGUCACUGAAGGUACAAAAGAAAUGAAACUGGGAUACUGACCUCGUCCUCUAUUCAUGACUGAUCCCUAAGGUAAUGUUUAAUUUACAUGUCCUUCACUCAUAUCAAUGCAAACUGUGAUUUCACAUUGUGACAAACUAUGUGGGUGCAAAAAUUAAUUUGUAGUAGCAGGCAAGCACAUUAUUCCUGUGCAGCUGAGAGUACCAAACAAUAGUAAAGCUGAAACUUUGGCCCAUCAAUAAGUUUUUAGAACAAUAAUAAGAAUCAAUAAUGACUGCAGAACUAAAUCAAAAGUUCCAGUUAAAAUUCUAUUUUACUCUCAGUAGUGCAGGAUUAAAGUGCUUGCCAGUUACUAUGCAGGUAAAGUUCAUGCUAGCCUAAAUCCUUAUUUACACAAUUGUAAAAGGCAUUCGGAAUGGUAAAAGUGUAUUUUUAGUGCAACAAUAUAUGUUGCAUUAAAUCCCUGUAAAGUGUUUUUAUGACUUUUAAGGAAGAAAUUCCUAGCUACAUUAGUCUGACUUAAUUAGUUUCGCCACAGAGAGAGAGGCUAAAUGUCAUCACUCGUGAGGAACUUGAAUAUUACAUCACUUUUUAUUUUGACAAAUGAAUAAUACACUUCUAACAAAUAAUGAUCUUGUUAUUACUACAUUUGUUAAAUAAACAUUGCUUUUUAAUUAAUAUAAAAAAUGUGGUGUCUCUAAAAUGAAUUAUGUACUGUGCAUUAGGCACAGCACUAAUCCGCUAAUCAAGAGCUGUGUCAUGAAUGGCCAAUUUGUUCCUUGUAAAAUAACAGCAAGUAUUCAAAAACCAUAAAUGACACAAGGCUUAUUGUACUUAUGUAUAUAUUAGGUUGUAAACUGCCUUACCUCAUUUAAGCAUUCAUACAACUCGGGUUACUGUUAGUCUCCGCAAAAAAAAUCUUUGCCAUGAAACAAAAAAAAAGUUUGCUGAUGAUUGAGUUCUGAACAUUUUUCUCACCUUUCCUACUAUAUAAAGAAAAUUAAUUAGUCAUAUAUCUUUCAUCCCACUGAGUCAGGUAAAUAUGAGGCAAGUGCAAGUUCUCAGUAACUUACAGUCCAUGUUAGAGGGAAGCAUUGUCAUGCUUACCAUUCAUCCCUUUGGCAAUACACGAUUGUCUACUCUUGUUAAGGCAGCAUGAAAUCCCUGUUUUGGAGUGGCCAAGCAACAACCCAGAUCUGUCUGAUUAAAAAUGGUUGGCAGGUAUUGAAACACAAAGUAGAAGAGCACUAAAUUUCCAGCAUCCCAAUGUUGGUUGAGGUCCUGAAAAAUGUAUGUAUUAAUAUUUAUUGGAAUUAUUUCUAGAAACUAAGUGAUUCGGCACAAGAAAGUAUUAAAAAAAGUAGCAAAAGAUGAGUCAAGAAUUUUUUUAUGCAACAAGAAUUUUUUUUAUCAAUAAUUUUUAUUCAGCAAGAAUUUUUUAUGCAGAGACUACAGUACUGUAGUUAUUUUUACAAGUAGUAAAGAUAAAUUAUAAAAAUAAUACCUUGUUAUAAUCAUAAAUGGAUUAGCAAGCUGCAUUAGGCUUAACAUAUAUACGAGUUGGAAUGUAAAUUCAGUGUAUCUCAAUCCAUAGCAGUGGGUAAACUUAUUUAUUAAGAAUAUGAAUAUUUUUGAUGAGACAUAAUGUGCUAAAUAAAGUUGCUGAAUUCAUUUCAGGUUACAGAUAUACAAUAAUGAAUAAAAUAUUUUGAAAAUUAUACAAUGGCAUGUAACAGUGUUUGAUCAGUCUUUUUUAUGCAUUAACAUGCAUAUUUUCAAGUUUUUCUUUUAAACUGCAUAUAAUUCUGUGCUAAUUUGUUAGGCCAGAAUGGUUAUUCCAAGACUAAAUAGGGAGAGGAAAAUAAAAACUCUUGAAUUUCUACUUGUCACCGUACACCAAUGACUACCUAGAUGUCAGAACGUAUAUGAGAUGUCUUGCUGUGGUUGAUAGUAAGAGUUUAUACUUAAUUUUAUAGUAUUUUUUUAAACAUCUAAGUCAUACCUUCUGUGCAGUUCACAAUUCAGCAACAAAGCAUUCAGUUAGGUUAGGCAGGGUCAGUCAGGAAGCAGGACAAGUUUUUCCUGACAGGGGUCUUAGUCAUAUGAUGACCUGCCACUAGAGCUUUUGGUCAUCUGACCAAGGCCUACUGCUGGCUUACUGGUCCACCCCUUAACAAAGUGUUGAUUUUGCCUCAAUUCAGAUACAGUAUAUAAUUCCUGAUUUUAAGCUGUAUUGCUUUUUAUAUUAAUAUACAAAUACUUGGGAUAAUAGAAUUUGCAGCUAUAGCAUUAAAAAUUUGUGUAUAAAGUUGUAUAUUCUGCCAAGUCUACCUAUUUUAGUGCCAUAAUUAAUGUACAAGGAAUGCUAUGUUAAUUUUCUUGUACACAAUCUAUUACAUAUAUUAAAAAUUUAUCUAUACAUGCAAGCACAUCUUAAAAGGUUAGUAUUUUAAAAAUUACAUGUACUACACAGCUAAUUUUUGUUUCCUACAGUACAGCCAGCAUUUAUACACUGUUUUUGUUUCCAUAUGUGGUAGUCAUGGAAGAGUAGUUAAAAGUUACUCUAUACAAGUCUUUGAAGAGUUGUCUAAUGUAACUUGUAAUAAUUUUUUUUUACUUGUCCCUUAUUAAUGUGCAGCAUUAGACUUGAGAAUUGCUGCAAAAGAAACCUAAGAAAUAUUUAUUGUGCAAUAUUUUUACUGAUAUUUUGCAAGUCAUGUUAUGCAAUAUUUUAUUUACUGGAGAAAGAAAUAAAAAUAAUUGUUAUUUACAAUGAUUUUCCUUAUAAAAUAGUUUAAUUUUAUUGUUUUUGUGGAAAGGGAAGCGCUAACCCUGUAGAAAUUACAUAGUCUCUGGAGAAGAAGAGGCAGGUUUAAUCCAUGUAAGAGAAGGUCAGGUCUAAUUUCUUAGGUCAAGAAACCUUCCAUGAGGGAAUUCUACUAAAAGUAAAGGUUGAGCUGUAAUAAGCCAUUUACAUAUUAAUUGUGAUUUAUAAAACUUGGGAGUUUUAACCCUUUAACUGUCUGUCAAGUAGAACUGCAUUACUGAUGCCAGAGUCCGUCACGUAGAUGUACGUCAUGAGUUCAGCUCACUUAGAUGAGCUGUGAGCAGUAAAUUUUGGCCUAGAUGUGAAAGAAUGGGUGUGUGGUGAAUGUGCACAGUAUAAAAACAAUUUUGUCUUGUGCAGUGCAUGAUGAAAAAUGCAAAACUCUGACCUUAUAUGCCCCUCAAGGGAGGUUCCUUGAUGCUGGUGAGGGGCUCUUGAUCUAGGGUAUUGGAUCUGUGCUCCGGUUCCCUGAAUUGUCUGAAUACCUUCCAUCCCCCACCCCACAUGCGCUGUAUAAUCCUACGGGUUUAGUGCUCUCCCAUGAUUAUAAUAUAAUCUGACCUUUUGUUUGGUUUAAAAUAAUGAAUUUGAAGGGCUUUCUAGGAUGGUUUUUUGGUAUCAUUUGAUAGUAAAAAAACAUUCUACUGAAACAAGCUAUUAUUUUUAGUUCCUGGACUGGAAGUAGUUUGAAUUUGGCCUCAAAGCACCAGAAUAUUAAAUUUUUGCCUAUAUUCCUGAGGAUGGUUAAGUCCUCUCCUACACCCCCUGGUCUACUUUAUGGAUUUUUAUUAGGUCUGAUUCAAUUGCUGAGAUGCCAUAAACCAUGAUAAAUCAUUCCUGGUUAUAUUUUAUCUCAGAAAUAGGGUAAAUCCUAGAUUUUUGUGUAAUGGAGGAGAGACCUGGAGAUGUGAUUAUUACAGAGGAAAUGUUUUAGUGUCUGGAAUGUCCA